AUGAACCCGCUGCCACCAAGCCAGCUUGACCCAUUCGUGAGCGCUCCAACAGCAACAACCCCCAUUCUGAGCGGACUUUCGAUGCCUUCAUCGCUUCCUGAGAACCUGAUGCCAUCGCUUCAGGGCUUGGAGCAGUCACUUGGCUCAUUGGCGUUCCACGACCAGGCUGAUGGCCAGUUCCUUGGUCUCAGCUCCCCGGGUGACGACGACUUCUUGUUCCAAGGCGAGUUAUCCAUUGAUGGCCUCUUUUUGUCCACGGUCCAAUUCCCAAACCUUCCCGAGAUCGAAUAUGACUCCUGUGAACUAGAACCACAACAAUUACAACAGCAGCAACAAGCACAUCCUUCUUCCUUGCAUUGCUCUCAGCGACAGCGACAGCAAUCGCAGCAAGCUCACUCAUUGCAACAACCCAUACCACAGCUUGCCACUCAAAUCGCUCAUCAGCAAGAGCAUCUAUCUCAGCUCCAGUUUCAACAGCAGCAGCUCCAUUCUCCUCGUAACCCUUCGAACCUUUCUGGGAUGCUCGCAUCACAGGCCACUCAAGCACGACAGCUGCAGAUGCAACAACAACUUCAGAUACAGCUGCAAACGCAAAUGCAAAUGCAAAUGCAAAUGCAAAUGUUACAACAGCAAUCACAGCAGCAGCAGCAGCAACCGCAGGUUGAGUUACUGACGCUUGAGCAGAUUCAUGAGCAAUUUUGCUCUCAACAACCAAUCCAACAACAGCCAGAGCCAGGGUUCCUUCUAUAUAAACAGGCGAUCCCUGCUGAGAAACAACAACAGCAGCAGCCUCCUACUGCUUUUGAUAUGUUGCGACUCCAAUCGUCCUUCAUUGAUCACCACUCUAGCCCUGAAAACUCGGCUCCGUCGUCAAUGUCCGAGAAAGGUCACUUUGACUUUACUUCUGGUUAUUUUACAAGUAGCCCUUUCGAAUGCUCGUCUGCUGGCAACGCUGCUAACAUCCCUGGUGUGCCGUCUAGCAUGGCUGGCAUGAAUGGUGCGAAUGGCAUGACUAGUAUGUCUGACAUAACUGGUAUGAUCAUGGGUGACUUCAUAGUGAAGCCAAUGGAUGCAUUGAAUAGUUUGCCUACUAUACCCUUCACGGCCCCUACUAUCCUCGGUGGUGAACAUGGGUGCAGACAAGACUAUGGUCAGGGGCAGAGUCAGAGCCAAAUCCAAAGCCAAAACCAAAGUAAAAACUCACUGCAUCGGAAGAGGUCCUUUCAAGUGAAGAACCUAAACGCAAAUACAAUUACUGAGUCGAGCGCAAGCAUAGGUGUCCUCUCUUCUUCACUUCCGACCCCGACUAUCUUAUCAUCAGGGUUAUUGCUGCCAUCGUCAUCAUCAUCGAUGUUGUCGUUCAAGCCCUUUUCAGGCUCUAUCUCAGAUGACUCUGAUUUCGCAGAGGACUUGCUAGCGGAGAAAACAAACCAGAAGCGAAGAAAAAGAACAAGAAAACCGGCCAAGCCUGCUGAGGUUGCAAAGCUCAAACCCCCCAGAGUGAUCCUUAACUGUCAGUAUCCAGGCUGCAAGGUAACAUGUUCCAGUCAUCCGUCUCUGGUGCGCCAUUACGAAGCCCACAAGUGGCGAGGCAAAUACUCGCCUGUUCGUUGUGAAGCUUGCUUAAGUUCACUUUCGAAUGAAUUCUCAGUUCAGCGCCAUAUCCUUCGUUCGCCUCCUGGAUCUAAAUGUAAAGAGAUGAGGAUUUAUAGUAUCAUGAAGUCUGAGACUGAAGUUGAAAGCACGGUUCGGUUCUUUCCUACUCGUCCUCAUGGCAAGAAGACUGUUCGGGUCAAUCUUGAGAAGAUGAGGAGUAAAUAUCUCAACAAUAACAACCUAAACAUCAAUGGGAGCAACAGCAAUGGUAAUAACAAUAACACUAUCCAUUAUCCACUAUAA